GUGCAUUAAUCAUCAGGCAGCAAGUAACCUCAAAGCGGCGUCGAUUUGCUUGCUCUUAUUUAUUGUUAAAUUUGUUAAACUAGCACACAACAAUGAGCCGAAACUAUAGGGAAGAUCAGACCAAUGAGGUCGAGGCGCUGGAUUCCAUAUACUGUGGCGAAAUGGAGAUUCUCGCCACGGAGCCACACCACAAAUUCCAAAUUCCCAUUGCUACAGAGGAUUACAAUGCGGAUGAGCCCGAGAACGGGCUUUCCUGCAAACUCGUCUUCACAUACACAGCCACUUAUCCAGAUGGUGCGCCCGUGGUGGAAAUCGAUGAGCCGGAGAACUUUGAGGACGGCUUCGAAAAGCUCCUGUUGGAACACCUGCAAAAGACAAUCGAGGAGAACCUGGGCAUGGAGAUGAUAUUCUCGCUGGUGAGCAGUGCCCAGGAGUGGCUGAACGAGCGGUGGGACGAGCACAAGUUCCACCAGGACGAGCUCCGUGAGCAAAAGCUGCGGGAAGUGGAGGAGGAGGAGCGCAAGAAGUUCGAGGGCACCCGGGUGACGGUGGAGUCCUUCCUCACUUGGAAACUCGACUUCGAGGAGACCACCGGUAUUGCGGCCAAGCGGGAGAAGAACAAUGUGUCCAAGAAGCAGACCGGCCGCGAACUCUUCAUGUGCGACAACACGCUCAACGAUUCCGACAUCAAAUUCCUCUUGGAGGCGGGUGAGAACAUUGAGAACGUCAAAAUCGAUGAGGCCCUGUUCCAGGACCUGGGCGAACUGGAUUUGGAUGAUGAUGAUGACGAGGAUUGGGUGCCCGGAGCCGAGGACGACGAUGAUUAAAUUACACCGGUUCUAGAGUAAAGUAAACGCUUCUCCAAGGCAUAUUUGUGUAUUGUAAAUAACAUUAAAUGCCAACUCUUUAUUAA